GUUAGUUAAUUAAACCACUAUUAACGUUUACAAAAACAAUACAGGUCAGAUAUUUUUGGCAAAAAUAGGCGAAUCCUUUCCUUUGGAUGGUGAACAAUUAAACCCUGUCAUGGUACCCAAUACCUUUGUUAUAAUGUUGGGAUCCUCUAACAAAGGAAUCAAGGAAAAAUUACAAUUAAAAUAUUUGUAAGAUACUUUGAUUUUAAUUUUUAAUUGUACAUUUUACAUCAUCAAUUACUGAAUCACAGAUCAAAGAUUUAUGUGUGCAUUUAAAUUUCUUAUAUCAAUUCGGAGAAGAUUUUAGUUUUUAUAUAUUUGAAUAAUGCAAACAACAAAUUUGCCUUUUCACAUAAAUGCACAAAUCACAAUCAAAUUUUACUCUUUUUCUUUUGAUUGAAAAAUUGCACCUUUAGAUCUUUUCCGUAUGCAUGUAAAAAGAAAGACAUUUUCUGAACCCUUUACUGUAAUUUUGUAAUGUCCUUUAUAAGUCGUUUUAGGUAAAGAUAAUAAUUAUAUCAUGUUUAACUGUUUUCAUUCUAAAUUGUUAGCCGCCAAAAAAUGUAGACUCUAAGAUUUUGAGUUUUUCAAUCCAUAUUUCUAACCUAUCUAAAUGUUGAGAGUAAAAAAUGAUUUUGGGGCGAAUGUUAAAACGAAAACCUUUGAAAACAAGACAUUUUCACUGGAGCUGAAAUAUUUUUUCUGUAAGAAGAAAUUGAAGUUUUGUGAACAUAAUUUGUGUGAUACUAAGUCAUUUACUAUAUUUUAAAUGUUUGAUUUAAUAUUUAUAUUUAUAUAAGGAUUUGUGCAGGGAUAGUAUCAAGAACUUGUUUAACCUUUUAAACCUUUCCCUUUUAGGUUGAUUGUUUCUUUACACUUUAAAAUCUAUCAAUUUUUAAAUUGAUGACCAAGAAAGAUCAAAACAAUACUAUGCGUAAUCCCUCAAAUUUUUUCAGAAAAAAAAAUAGGAACGAUUAUAGUCACAUUGUGUAGUUCCUGCACAUUUCUCUGUUAAAGGUUGUUCAAAAGAUUUUAUACUUGCACUGCUUAUGUCAAAAAAAAACUAAUCAAAGCAAAAACUCAUUCAGAUCCCAAAAAUUGAUGAUGCUCUUCAUUCUUGGGAGAUAAUCUAAAGUUUGGAAAUUGUGUUUGAAUUUUCCACCCUUGUUUUUACCUAAUUCUGACAGUGAGCAUGCAGUUUAGAUCUCUAUUGUUUCGAUACAUACAAAGUUGUGAUAUUUACAUUUUACAUAAUUUAGCAGGAUAUAUUUAUAUGUAUAUAUAUAUAUAUAUAUACAUAUAAAUAUAUAUUUAUAUAUGUCGAUAUACAAAGGAUACAAUUGGAAAAAAUUAAUGUUUCUGAAGUUUCCUGUUUUGCUUCUUCCUGCACUUAAUUUCUAUUAAAUAAAUCAUAAAACAUUAAAUUAUAUUUGGUGUGCUUUUUAAAACUGUUAUUUUUUAAAUCAUGUUAGCAGUUAGCACCAUAACGUUCUGUAAAGUUUAUGGGAAUCGUCUUAGAUGUUGUAUAAACAAUUUGUUUAGAAAGAAUGAAUGCAAAGAUGGUAGAAAAUUCAGACGUGCCCGACUCGCCCGACAAUGUGCACAGAAUGCUGAGGGCUUGUUUAGACGCCAUUAAUUUCUCUUUUGACAUUGAAAGCCCUGUAUCACAGUAUGAUUUAGUCAUAUGGCUAGAAUCUAAACAUCAUGGAAAACCCUGAACUAGACAAUGCCAGGGAACAACAUACUACAGCCAUCUUUUUACCAGAAGAGAAUGAUAACGAUGAUGAUCAUGAGCUUACAGACCUAACUAUACCCAACCCAUUGGACUCAGAUGAUGAUAAAGAUGAGAGUUUAGAAAAAGUUGUUGAAAAUUGUAAUCAAGAUCUUAUAGAUGAGCUAAAUAUAAAGGUUGAGUCAGCAGAGCAUUCCUCCGGACUUGAUGGAGCACUUGAGCCUGCCUCUGUUGAUGACGAAUGUGAGCAUAACGCUGUUGCUGACGUAUCUGAUGAUGAAGUUUUAGAGCAUUCAUCUUUUGAUGAAGUAUUUGAGCCUGUAUCUGCUGAUGGAGCAUUUAAUCAAGCAUACAAACGUUUUUCUGUUGAUAAAGCUUACAAGCCUGUAUGUAUGAAACGAGUAUUGAAGCCGGCCUCUAAUACUAUAUCUACUCAACCUAAAACAACUGAAGAAUGUAAAAGUGUCACCAAAGAAGUUAACAAUGGCAUAAAACUUAAUUUAAAGAAACCUGAUUUUACAAUAAAUAGUAAUAUCCCUAAAUGGACACCAACCAAUAGUAAUAUCCAUAAAUGGACACCAACCAAUACUAAAAUAUCUUCAAAAAUCCCAACUUGCCCGGUAUCUACGCAAUUUACAAAGCUCUUGAGUGGAAAUUCUGUUGGAGGCACUUUUAUACAAAAUCAUGGACUGCUCAGAGGAAGAAUUCUACCACCUGGGAGUAUCAAUAUUCCCAAAAGUGUUUCUAGUUCCAAUAUGAAAUUUUUUCACAAACCAGUGCUUACUGGAGUGUUUCCAAGUCCGUCUAAUGUUACCCAGAACAUUAUUGGAAAAUGUUCCCCUCCCAUCUAUAUCCUACCCAAGGGAUGGAACCCUGAAACCUUAAGAUCUCAGACAGUGAUCCCAAUUGGUAAUCUCCACAAUCCAGCAAAAAAUCAGACUGGAGCUUACUUGAACCCACCAGCCAGUAAUAGGUGCCAAAGUUGUGAAAACUGCAAAUAUCCUCAUUGUCUACCUGGUCAUUUCUGUCUUGCCCAGCAGGAAUUGAACAGAUACAUACAAACACCAUUUUGCUGCUUCAAACCCUGUCUCAACCCUCCAAUUGUACAAGAUUUUCCUCAGAUAGACAAAGUUUUCUCUCAAGGUCUGGAAGAGCUUUAUCAUGUGAACCCUGGGAAACAUGUUAUUUCAGACAACACAUCUUUCAUUCAAUUAAAUCCCUCCCUCAGCAGGUUUCCUGUCAAUCCAAGUUCUACAGCCUCCUCUGUGAUGCCAGUUAACCAUUCUGUGAUCAAUAAUCCAAACAAUUUAAAAUCAAACAUAUAUUCUACUUCAAAUGAGUCGCCAUCAACUAUUUAUAAAUUGAUGCCUAGCAGUUUAGCCGGUAUUAAUGAAAGUAAGUUUGUGGGUUCUCUAAGCUUACCAGAUCAGCAAGCAAAUGUUAAUCCUAAAUCAUGUGCUAUCUUCCAAUCAAACGAAGGUUUAAUCACAUCAAAUCUGAUCAUCAAUUCAAAAAGCACUAAACCAAAGCAUCCACUUCCUCUUCAGCUUCCAAGUUGCUCUGUCAAAUCUGCAAAUGCAAGUUUUGUCAACCCUCCAUGUUCAAGAAAAAACCCAAUGCAGAUUUUGCAUUCUAAUAGAAGAAUUGAUUUUGCUUCAGAAUCCUUCUCGGAUAAUUUGCCCAUAGAUGAAACAGCAUUUGAUGAUGAGAUAUUGAAGCUGGAACAAUCACUAACCAGUGAAUUAUCUAGAACUCUAAAUCUUACCAGAUUCGGAAAGAAGAUUAUCAAUAAAACAAAAAGUGUCUUUAACGAUCUACCUAAAUUUACAGAAGUAAACUCGGACCUUAAUGAUCUUUUUUAUACUGAAAUAGCUUUUAGCAAAGAUCACCUACAAACAGGCCAAGAUGAUACAAAUUUACUUGAACUUAAAGAUCAUAAGUUAGAUAUGAAUCAUACUGUUAACGAAAUUAUCAAUGAAAUGAUUUCUAAAGCUGUUGAACAUUAUUCUAGUAAAUUUGAUCCUUAUGAAGAUCAAAGCUCUCAAAUUAAUCUACUCUGCACAGAAACUCCACUUGACAGUCCUAAAGCCAGAUCUCCAUUAGUAGUGCAUAAUAAUUCAAACAAUCAUAAGCUCAAAGAAGAUUCUGCAGCUAGUAGAUUAAAGAAUGAUUCAUCUGUUAGUAGAUCUGAGGAAAUUAAUCCUCCAUGUAAGAAAAUUGCUUCUGAGGUAAAAGAAUUGCUUAGAAUCACAGAGAUAGCUAAAGAAGUUUUGAAGAGAAAUGAAGUUAAAUUAUCCACAAAGGUGACAUUUAAAACUGAACAGGAACUUUUAAAUGAAUCAAGAUGGAUUAGAAGGAAGCCCUAUUCAAAAUCAAAGCAUUUUAGACAGAUAGCCUAUGAACAAACUCUUUGGGCUCAAAAAGAAAAGAUCAAACAUCUCGCCAGGAAUAAAAACCAAACCCUAGAGGAUGAAGAAGGCAAUCAACUUUUCUUCAUGGAUAAUGAAAGAAUAGCUCAACUAAAGCCAAUCAGAUUAGAGAGUACCCUAAGUACAUGUUAUCCUGGAACAUAUCAACAGGAAAAGAGUACCCACAAACUAAAACCAAAAGUUAAUCAUUCCCCUAACCUGUCCAUCAAAGUGAAGAAAAAUAUGUUACCUGACCCAACUUCAGAAAAGGACCAGUCAGCUGUUGCAUUUCACAAAAAAACUAAUGCUCCCUAUAUAGUGCUUGGUAGUGAUCAGAAUAAACCUAGAGAACAAGGCAACAAUCCUGGAUGUCUGCAAGCACAAGGCAAUACUCACAAACAUUUACAAGCAAAAGGCAACACUCAUAGAUAUCUGCAAGAACCAGUUUUAAAAUUAAAGAAAAGCCCAGUGUUAGUUGAAACCGUACCAGAGUUUCAGCUUGAAACGUUAAUUAAAAUUAAUCGACCAAAGUCAAAAUCCAAAGAAAAUGUUGUACCUUUGAUUCCAGACACUGAAAAUCAAUGCCCAAGUGCUCUGAUGGACCACUGCAUUUCUACAGUUAUAAAUAAAGGAAUAGCAGUCUCUCAGUUUUUUGAAACUCAAAUGAAAACUGAGAAUAAAAAGAACACAUUAUGGACUGUCAAGCUUAUCAGUAGGAAAGAACGAUUGCCACAUCUAGAAGAUCAUACCUACUAUAAACCGUUUGGGACAAUGAUUGAGGAAAUGAUGAAUGUUGAUUUGACAGAUUACGCACUAGACCCUUUGCUAAUUGAGGGACAGGAGGGGAUGGAGAAUGAGAAUAUUUACUUUGGAACAGAGGAGGAUGAUAUUUCUGGUACUUUCAACCUUGUUGAUGAUAAUGCUAUUGAAAACAUGAAAAGUGCAAAUUGUGAAUCUUCUGAAGAGGAAGAAGAAGCAGAAGAUUUCUUCAAUGAUGAUGAAGUGGACAAUCUUUCCAUCAUGGAGGAACAUUUAAAUGAAUACUCUGGAGUUAGACAGCAGAGGAAAAAAAAGAAAUCUGAGGAUGAGGACUAUAUCCCAGCGUCAAACAUACAAAUUUCAGGAUGUUCAAAUGAUAAAUUUAUUUCAACAAGAAACAUGCUAAUACAGCAAAAAACAGCAUCAAUAGCGAAAGAGAAUAAUGAACGGGAAAUCUGUGAGGAAGGUGAAAGCACAAAAAAAGGUAGAAAGGGAGGUCCAUUAAAAUCUAAAAAGUUUGAGAACAAAGACAUAAAUGUUGUGCUCAUAAAAAAAAUAAAACAACAAAGAGAAGCAUACGAGCAAUUUUGGAGGGACAAAGACCCAAACGGAAAGGACAGAGUUCAAUUACUUGAGGAUUGUGAAACUGAUCCGCCUAGAAGAGACAAGAUUCCAUCCAGGAAUGAUAAGGAUCUGUCAAAAAGGGAAGAGGUGCUAUAUAGAAAGGAAAGAAAACAGGAAAAGAAGAAACGUGUAAGAUCACCUUCUUUAGAGAUUGAAAAGCAUUCCGAAUAUGAAUUUAUGAAGGAGGUAGAUGGGGUACUUGUCGAUUACCGUUGCUUCUGGUGCAAAGUUCUUCCUAGAAAAGGAAGUGCAAAUAAAUCUGAAUUAUACAGGCACUACACCACCGCUCAUUUUUACUAUGAAUUGAAGGAAAAAGUUGGACAUUUUACCUCCUGUCCAAUCUGCAGGAAGGAUUUUUCAAAGGGUUGUUCUUCCACUGCCGUGAGUCACAUGGGUCAGGUGCAUUCAUAUGUUGAGGCAUUCCUGCCUGAGGAGGCCUGGAUACCUGAAAGCCGGGGGGUCAAGAGAAGAAGGGUUCCUGUCUCACCUUCGGAGAAUUUGAAAACAGAAGAAAGGAAGGAUAGAAAAGUUAAAGAGGAUUGUAGAAAGAAUAAGGAGGAAAAAACUGCUGAAAAUGAUAAAAGUUUAUCAAAAAAGUUUCGAUCACGUUCUAGAGAAGGGCUUCUUUUAGAGGUGAGCGGGAAACAGGAUAAAACUUUAACGGAACCGGAAAAAAUACCAUCCCUAAGAUCUUCAGCACAAAAACUACGGUUAAACGGCUUAGAUAAGAAACCACGAUUAGAUUCUUCUAAACAAAACUCACAGCCAGAAUCAACAGAUCGGAACCUUCAGUCAGAUUCAUCAGAUCCGAACCUACUGUUAGAUUCAUCAAGCCAGAAACCACAGUCAGAUUCAUCAGACCAGAAACCACAGUCAGAUUCACCAGAUCCGAACCUACUGUUUGAUUCAUCAAGCCAGAAACCACAGUCAGAUUCAUCAGACCAGAAACCACAAUCAGAUUCAUCAGGCCAGAAACCACAGUCAGAUUCUUCAGAUAAGAAUCUACUGUUAUAUUCAUUAGAUCAGAAUCCUCUAGCGGCCUCAACAGAACAGAAACCACAGUCAGAUUUUUCAGACCAGAAACCGCAGUUAGAUUCUGAUUCAUUAGGUCAGAAACUCUCAUUAUAUUUAUCAGAACAGAAACCAAGGUCCGAUUCAGCAGAUCAGAAAACACAGUCAGAUUUAUCAGAUCAGAAAUCCCUGACAGAUUCAGCAGAUCAGAAACCACAAUCCGAUUUAUCAGAACAGAAAACACGAUCAAUUUCACCAAAACAGAAUCGAGGUGUGGUGGCUAUUAAUGAAGGCAAAACUGCAUCAAAUAUUGCAACUAUUGCCGGCCAAUCUGGCAAUUGGAUUCAAAACGAAGAAGAUAAUCCAAAGAUUGAGGUCAUUAAAAAUAAGUAUGACUAUGAUGACUACGAUGAACUGCUGGAUUCAGAUUGAUCAUGUGUUUUAUAUUAAUUUGAAAAAGACGAGCUUGUACAAUGUUCAUAUUCUUCUAUGAUAAAAAGUAACUGUGAUAUUUUAAAACAUUAUUCCAAAAAAUUAUGACAAGAUACUGA